AUGGGUUUGACGCGAUCGGAUUUGGCAAAGUCAUCGACUACAGGGAGGAUGAAGUCAGAGUCAAGGCGAGGAAAAUGGAUAAAUCCAAAAACGGAAAUUUUAUCGUACGGGUCGUUUCUUCUUUUCUCCAAUUUGGGCAUCUUCUUCGUUAACCAGACGGGGGCGUUCCUUCUCUCCUUAACGCUUCAACCAAAAGCCCUAGCGCCGUCGACUCCGAAGCUGUCCAUCCUCGCCGUCGACUCUGACUUCGUCCUCCCUGCAGUCGACGACUCUGCCGGAUCCGAUCGCGUCGAACCCAUCUCGGGUUCGUCUCUGAGAUCGGAACCGCGGCCCUCCCUGCCGUCGCCGUCCUCUUGCCGGUCAGAUCGUCGCUCAUCUCGCCGUCAACUCCAACUCCAUCCUCUCGUCGGUCACAUCGUCGCUCACCUCGCCGUCGACUCUGACAUCGUCCUCCUUGCAGUCGACAACUCCUCUCGCAAGCGUCCACUUUGUCUACUCGCUGCCGUCGACUCCAACUCCGUCCUCAACCCUAGGCCCUCAUUGAUUGCGCCGCGCCACGCCGACGACCAUCCUACCCCCAAUCGGCGCACUCAUUUCCAGUGAGUGCGUUCUCCACUUUGUCACGGCUCUCUUCCGCCCCCACGAUUCAAGUCGCGUGUCACUGUAGCCGAUCCCAAGUAAUCAAUCUAGGAGGUUCUGUUUCUCUUCGGUUGAGAGCACUCCGACGUUGGAUCGUUCUUCGUUUGCCUUCGAAUUUGUUGAUUCAUUUGGAUAACUAUCUCACAUCAUGCCGGCUCAUUGAAUGUAUCUGUCUACUGAACUACCGAACCUCUCGCAGUUCGCGUUCACCAGCUGUUCAACAAUUUGCCCCAAAGACAUUAGCAUUGAUUUGAGAAUUUUUUUUGGUUAGUCCUACCCUAUUCCUACUUUACACUCACUCUCAGACUUUCGAAACCCGUUACAUGUCUCCAUCCCCUCCCCUGAAAAUGUGAGAAUUUAAAUCUCUCAUCUCCCCCUUCCCCUUCCAUGUUGGAAGAUAGUUACUGGUGCGAAUCUCAGUGAUUGAUUUGAGAAUUAUGUAGUGUUACAUGUACGUUACUGCUUGGUAUGUUGAGCUGGCGACGUAGCUCCUAAUUCAUCCUUUGAUGGCCAAGAGCCCUCGUUCCUUUAGUGCAUUGGUUUGCUCUGCUCUCAUCGAAUUAGAUACCCCUUCUAAUAUGUUGCUGAAUUGUCAUCUGAGCUGAGCAUGUCCGGGUUUAUUUUCUAGCUUGAGGUGUUCAAGAUGCAUGUAGCCUAAUUGUUUAGGUGCAGAGAAACCCUCUAUGGUUUGCAGGUCGUUCAUA